UAAUUCAGCAAAAUUGUCCCUUUCCGUGUACCUUUUGAGUUGUUAGGAGCUUUUAGGAUAUCUCACGCGAUAUUUCACGCUUUGCAUUAUUCAAUGCGCGUUUAGCCGUGCGCUCCGAGCAAUUGUCACGUCAUGAAAUGUUUAGGGGGCCUAAUGCGAUUUUAUGUACGCUUACCUUUUACGGUGAAAUUCGGGACACGUUCGCGAGUCUCCAUGGCGAUAAAAGAUCGUCUAUUAGACUCGCCGUCGGUGAACUGGUCGUCCUGCUGAUUUCGUGUAUUGUUAUCCGCUUUUAAGAAUGCACUUGAGCCCCUUGAUAAUGGAGAAACGUCGGCAAGCAAUGGCACCCUUCCGUUGUCGUCGGUUGUUGAAAACACGUAACGAUGGGCCGAUCGUCUUAUUGCCGAUCCCUUCUGUCACGAUCAACGAUGCUGGAGGAAAUAAAUGACACGCGCUGCAAUUAAAUGUCACUUUUCAAAAGAAAUUUGCAUUAUUCUUUGCGCCAUUGCUUUUCGGCAUGGUUUUUCAAGCUUCGAAGAGUGAUCUGAAUAUAAAUGCAUCGCCCGACAAAUGCGUCUGCACCCAACGUGGCGUAGAUUAUUAUAAAGUUUUGUCUUUAGGAUCGAAUUGUGGCGAUGCGGAAAUCAAGGAAGCAUACCGACGAUGCGCCGUACGAUACAACCCUGAGCGGCAAAAGAACGGAGGUGCCGAGGCGAUUUUCGCCUUAGCAGCUGAAGCGUACGACGUGCUCUCGGAUCCUCUUAGAAGGGCCGUAUAUGAUCAAUACGGUGAAGAGGGUCUUAAAAAUGGUGUGCCGAGACCAGAAGGAUUUGCGAAACCUUACGUCUAUCACGGCGAGCCGAUGCGGACUUUUAGGUGGAAGCAAGAGCCAUUGAGCUCUCACCGUUCAUUGACUUUGAUUAUUAGAGAAUUCUUUGCGACUGAAAAUCCGUACGACGAUCUCCUAAAUAUUCUAACGGAGCCUCAACCUCUACUUGAAUUUCCCGAGGGUCGGGGUAUAAAACGAAAGGAGGAACCCUUGAUUAAAACCCUGUUUCUAACUCUCUCGGAAGUAUUUUUCGGCGGGAUAAAAAAAAUGAAAAUUCAGAAGUUGGUCUUAGUCGGUGACGAUAAGUCGACGACGUUGUCGAUGGAGAAGAUCUUGACGAUACCCAUUAAGCCAGGAAUCCCAGCAGGUACCAGAAUAGUAUUUCCAGAAGAGGGUGAUCAAGGCCCCACGAAGAUACCGGCGGAUGUUAUCUUCGUCACGGAGGAUCGGCCUCACGAAACGUUCCGGCGAGAGGGCUCGGACUUGCACACGACGGUCGAUAUCUUUCUGAAGGAGGCGCUGACCGGAACGAUGAUCACGCUCAACACCAUCGACGACAGAACUCUUCGGAUUCCAAUAACGUCGAUCGUUACUCCAGAUUACGUCAAGCGCGUGCCGGGUGAGGGGAUGCCAAUUCCCGCUAAUCCGAAGCAAAAGGGCAAUCUAAUACUCAAGUUCAACAUCGAGUUUCCAGUUUAUUUGCCGUUGUCCAAUAAGCACUGUAUUAAGAAAGCCUUCGAAGUAUCUUGUUAUACGGGCGUUGAGAAUGCCGAGUACGUUCAUCGCCUCAUAUUGGCCAACAAGAUGCGCAGAAAUGUCGACGAUGACGUUCCACUCCGGCGUGGCGCGAACGAUCGAUUGAAAUUCAUAUGUGAAACGUGAUUUCGCAAAUAUCUGCGCGUUGCUUCGUAUGCAUAUAUUUACGUGAUAUCGCUCAUCGUACGUCUCCCGACAUCGUAAAUUUUCUGAGAAAUUAUGUAAGAACGCAAGCUGCUCGGAAACUAUCGCUUCUGUGUGCAAUCGAUUAUUUUAUCGAAUGUAAUUUGUAUAAAAAUUGAAUUAUUGUGCUUCGACAUUUGUACAUUCACAAUAAUUUAAUGUAAAAAUAUUCGAAUGCAAACGUAGACGAUGUUUACAAAAUAAUGCAUGAUUUGAAAAGGUAAUAAGUUAUUGUAUGUACAUUUGCACACUGUGAGAAAAACAAGUUGUUAAC